UUUUUUAACACUUGUUAUCCUCUUUUCCUGGGGACAGUGUCUUUCUUGUCUGUUGACCGAAGCUCAUGUGCUGACAGUGUCCGUCAGUUCAGUAAUCCUCGCUCUCAAACCCCCUAACUACAAUCGGUCCCAGCACAGCCUCCGAUGGCUGAACCUGUGAUCAGCGAGGUACCGGAUGGAGGGUGGGGAUGGAUGAUCGUCCUGGCUGGCUUCUUGAAUAACUGCCUGUUGGUCGGCAUCACGCGAUCCUUUGGAGUUUUCUUCAUUCAAUUCACCCAAUACUUUGGGGAGACUUCCAGCCGCGUGUCCUGGAUUACUUCCAUCGCAAUGGCAAUGCAGCAGUUUGCAAGUCCGGUGGGGAGUGUAUUCGGGAUGCAUUAUGGAGCGCGUCCUGUGGUGAUGGUCGGUGGAGUCUUGGCUUCCCUGGGGAUGCUCACAGCCUCGUUUGGACAGAGUCUUCUGCACAUGUACCUCUCCAUCGGACUCCUGACAGGUUUUGGUUGGGCUUUAGUCUUCACCCCGACAAUGGCCACGAUCUCCAGGUACUUCAAGAGGCGCAGGGCCUUGGCAACCGGUUUGGCCUUUACCGGAGUGGGAAUCGCGUCGUUCUUCUUCCCCCCAGUGUUUCAGUUCCUGAUCGACGAGUAUGGUUGGCGCGGGGCCCUCCAGGUGGUGUCUGCAGUGAUGUUGAACCUGUGUGUGUGUGCAGCGCUGCUCAGGCCCAUCACGCUCCAUGAGGACCUCCUCGUGACCUCAAGGGGACACCCUGCCAGUGGAAGGAGAAGCACCGAGUGUUGGGGGAAGGUGACCUCCGCCUUCGAUUUGACCCUUUUCCUGCACCGGGGCUUUGUGGUGUACAGUUUGGCAGUAACCCUGAUGACCACUGGCUACUUUGUCCCCUACAUCCACCUGAUGGCCCACGGAAAGAACCUCGGACUGAGCGAUUACAAAGCUGCCUUCCUCAUGUCUUUCACUGCCGUCACUGAGACCAUCGCUCGACUGUUUUCCGGCUGGCUGGCUGACCUCAAGCUGAUUCGGAAAAUCCACACGCUAUUCGCCUGGAGCGUUCUCACUGGAGUCAGUCUUCUGCUCCUUCCCGUGGGGCACACCUACUCCAGCCUAAUGGGCCUCAGUCUCUUUUAUGGCUUCUGUUCUGGAGGCCUUGCCCCACUCUUCUUUUCCACUCUCCCAGACAUUGUAGGAAUUGGACGGAUUCUCAAUGCAACUGGGCUCUUUCUGAUGCUCCUGAGUGUCGGUGGACUCCUUGGGCCUCCCCUGUCAGGGUUCCUGGCGGACGCGACAGGAAGUUACAGCUCCUCCUUCAUGACUGCAGGUGGCUUCAUCCUGGUGGGAUCCCUCGCCCUGCUCUUCCUUCCGAGUUUUCUUGUCCGCCCGGUGGUCCUCUCUGGGAAGCGGACUGGCGAUCCAGCCGGCGCUGGGGCCGGCGGAGAGAGCACCCCUGCUCCGGCUGAUGUAACAGGCAGCUGCCGGCAGGAGUGACUGGGAGACGUGAUUCCCCAAACAGAGCUGACUGACCGUGACCGGGGGCAGAGGUCGCAUGAUUCCCUGGCAGAUUGUCUCUGUCUCAGGUAGCGCUACAAUGGGAUCUCACCGCCCCUCCCUCUCGCAAAGGGAAGGGGACAAGUCAGUCAGGGAGUGAUGGACCCAAGAUUUGUAAUCUAAAUCAUUACAGUGAGCACAGCAUCAGGUUUAGCUGCAAUAUCCCCUGGGCAAUGACUGGACCAUUCAGCUAGGACCAUAGUAAAAAUCCAGGGUGAGAAAAGGCCAUUCGUCCCAUCUAUCCAGACCCCAGUCCUGGUCUAUCACAGUCGUGUCUGUUACUUUCUCAUGGACUCAUUUCAUUGCAUUUCUAUAGCACCUUUCACGUCCCCAGCAGAUCCCAAUGCACUUCAUAGCCGAUACCUUUGAAGUGUUGUCACUGUUGUCAUGUCAGAAGUGGGGCAUCCAAUUCCCGCACAGCAAGAUCCCACAAACAGCAAUGCAAUCAUAACCUGAUAGCCCCGUUGCUGUCAUGUUGGUUGAAGGAUGAAUGCCCUUGCAUUCUGUUAAUCUCUGUCCACCUCCCAUCAAUCUGGGGGGGUUAUACAGGUCAGGAAUGGCUGAACAGCCUGAGGCUCUCCUCUCUAGAAGGUGGGUAACCUGUCUACGGUGAUCAUUAGAAGAUAACGAAGAGGUUUGAAGCGAUGGAUAUAGACUUCCACUUGCAGAUCAGACCAAAACCUGAUCUCAUCGAUAUGAAGAAGUCACUAAUAAAUCCAAUGGUGGGUUUCAGUCUUUACCCAGAGGGUGGGGAGAAUGUGGAACUCGCUCCCACAGAGAACAGUUGAGUUGAAUAGCGAUACAUGGAUUUAAGGGGAGGCUCGGUCAGGAAAGGAA